AUGAGUAAGUAUCAAGGCAAUAACAUUUAGUUUUUUAUCUCUGAUGAUCGUGCAUUUUUUAAAGUGUAUCCCUUAUGUAACUGUGUGGCUAAAAAAGCCACUUGGGGGAAAAUUUAGCCAGUAAUUUCCAUGUAACUUUUUUUUUACUGCAGCAAAUGGGAUGAUUUUUUUGUGCAGAUGCCUAUAUUGAUGGACACUUUGAAAAUAUGACUUCAAAAUUUUCACCAGGUCAAAAAUACGGGUUGGGCAAAUUUUCUAUCCUUUGUUUACGCUCAGUGGUUAAAAAAAGCCACUAACUUUGAGUGCUGUAAAAACAUGUUGGGUUAAUAUUUUUUUUCUCCAUUUUUUUCAUAUAUCUCUUAUCUCUUUUAUCUCUCUUUGCUCACUCAAUUUCUCACACAUUCGCUCUCUUAGGCUCCCCAGGUUUCUUUCAGUCCUCUCCACUGCUUUACCCUCAAAAGUUAGUCGUUUGUUCUGGUUUGAUACUCUGUUGUUGUGUAUUUGUGGCUUUUGUUUAAUUGCAUUUUGAGCGAUAAAAUACGGUUUGGUUCUAAUGUUAACAUAGGUAACCUUUUUUUUAUUUUUCCCUAAUAUUAGUGACUGUAUGUUUUAAAUCGGCCCUUAAAGGGUUAAAUUUUGAUUUUUAAUGACACAUUUACUAGUUUUGAAUACAGCAGAAGUUAAUUAAGAGAUGUGUGAAAAAAAUCUAGAAAAAAUAUGAAUCCAAUAUGUUUUUACAGCAGUCAAUGUCAGUGGCUUUUUUAGCCACUGAGCAUUACCAACUGAUCUAAAUCUAACGAUUACACAAGGGUUAUGUAUGCUGUCAAACAAAAUAUAAUAUUGUUGGCCAAUGUUUUUUUAUUAAUCAACAUGUCUGAGAUCAAUUUUUAAAUUGAUUGUAUCUGUGUAAUUGAGUUUGUAAUUAAUCAGUCAUAUCCAUGAUUGACCUUUUAUAUUUAUUCUCAGGUGCUGAGGUGAAAACCGGCUGUGAACUAGCAAAGCCCAAGGUCAUGAAGACAUCUUUGGGCUCUGGAAAUCAAGAGGUACACUACAAUGUAGCAUAAAAUGUGUACAAAUACAUACAAGAUCAACUAUGCAUAUCCUUGGUCUUAAAACCUUGAUCUUUAAAUCAUUGAGGUAGUUCUACAUUUAAUAGGCCUUGGUGUCUCAGCACAUACAGGAUAUUUUUGUCACAGCAGCCCAGCUUUCCUUUGUUGUCUUGUCUAAUAAAAGAAAAAGGGGAAUAGAUGUUCAAUUUGGUUCACCAUUGUAGUUAAAACUAUAUUUUCUGUUGUUUGCAGGCCCAGUGGUGUCUGCUUCGUCAUCUGGACAAGCUAAGAGAUCAUCACAAUGUCUGUGAACAGGGAUUUGAGAAGGCACAGGCUGAAAAGAUGCAAACGGAGAGGCAGAGCACAUUCGGUCCUGAAAGCUUGAACAGACUGGUCAGUUUGAAAAGGGUGUGUGUGUGA